AGAUUGAGAACUGAGAGUUUUUGUCCCUCAAGUUAAGCCAAUAGAAAAAGGUAGUUAUCAGGGGAUUUAAAAACCCCAAAACUUUUCCUCUUAUAUUUAUUAAAGAGUGUGGGGUAUCUCCUGUUUUGGCUGGCAUAUCUAGCGCCUAAACAACUGGUUUAACCUUGUUUGGGAUUCCUGCUUGUUUUAGCAUGGCGGAUCUUGGAGCUCACAGAAUCCUCCUUCUGGUUAUUUCUCUGACAAAGUGUCUGGAGGGCACAAAACUGCUGGCAGACUUAAAAAAAUGUGGUGACUUGGAAUGUGAAACUUUAAUAAGCAGAGUCUUAGCUAUAAGAGAUUACAGAGGACCUGACUGUCGAUACCUGAACUUCACUAAGGGAGAAGAGAUAUCUGUUUAUGUUAAACUUGCAGGAGAAAGUGAAGAUUUGUGGGCAGGAAGUAAAGGAAAGGACUUUGGGUAUUUUCCCAGAGAUGCAGUCCAGAUUGAAGAGGUGUUCAUAUCUGAGGAAGUUGAAAUAUCAACAAAAGAAUCUGACUUUCUCUGUCUUCUUGGAAUAAGCUACACAUUUGAAAAUGAAGAUAGUGAGUUAAACAGUGGUAAUGGUGAAAAUAUACAUCCAUAUGAAGAAGGCAAGGAUCCCAAAUCUAGAGUAUAUGAAAGUGAUUUUCAGAUAGACCUUGGCUUUUAUUCAACUUCUGAAAGUACUUUGUUUGAAGACCAAUUUCCAGCAUCAGAGGCUCCUGAAGAUAUCAGAAGUACUAGUGAAUCAAAAGAUUGGGAAACAGUAGAAGCUGGAAAUGUGGAACAGUAUCCUAUUCCAGAAGGGGAUCAUGUCCUACCAUCCUCAGCUAUUCCUGAAGUGAAAGGAUGGUUUGGAUUUGGAAAGGACCAAGCUGGAGAAAAGACUUUUGAAUCAGCUACUGAACCUCUAGAAGAAAGCUCAUUUCGAAGUAGAAAAAUAACAGUGGAAGAUGAGAAUGACCCAGAGGGAUUAAACAAUGGUGAGCCCCAAACAGAACAUAAGCAAGAACUUGAAUCAGAAUUUGAUUCAGUGCCAAAGAAACAGUCUGAAUUAGUGUCUGAGUCAAAGUACAUCCUCAAUCCUCAAGACACUGGUUGGUUUGGUGGUGGAUUUACAAGUUAUUUUGGUUUUGGGGGUGAGGAUACAGGGCUUGAAUUAUUGUCCAAAGAAAGCAACCCACCAUUACAAGAUGUUCCUAGUUCCAUAUCCUCUGAGGAAGAACGCACCGUUCCGUGUACAGAAAUAUUAACAGAAAAAGAAGACACAAUCACUAAUGAUAGCUCAAUUCUCAAGCCAAGUUGGUUUGAUUUUGGUUUUGCUAUGCUAGGAUUUUCAUAUGCUAAUGAAGAUAAAAUUAUAUCAGAUGAUGGAAAAAAUGAAGAAGAAGGUGGGGGAGAUAAACAUGGACAUCCUCCAACAAGUGAAUUUGACCCUGAUAAGGAACAAGAAAUAAAAAUAAUAAAAAUUAUGGAAACUGAAAAUCAAAUAGGCAAGAAAAGGGUCUUAGAGAAAACAGACGAUUCUGAUACUUUACCAUAUUUUAAAAAGUUCUUGUAUAAUUUUGACAACCCCUGGAACUUCCAGAACAUUCUAAAGGAGACAGAAUUGCCAUUUCCCAAAGAGACACUGGAUGAAAAUAAUGGAGGUGAAAAUGAUAAAAGAGAAGAAUUUUCAGUUGAGUAUUAUCCCACAGAUAAUACGGAAGAUAUGAUGUUGAAAAACGGAUACAGUCAGCCAGAUAUGGUCUCUAAAAUAGAGUUAUCUAUGAGAAUUCACGAAGAAGUACAUUUCAAAGCUCUAUCUUCUGAAAAUAAUGAUGAAAAAUCAGAAACAUCACUAGAAACUGAAAGACCUACUCAAGUGGAAAUAGACACAUUUGUGGAAAAUACCCUGUCAAACAGUCAGCUCUUUUCAACUGAUUACUCUUUGUCUUCUCAAAAUUAUGUUGCUCAAAAAGAAGAUGCUUCUGAGUGUCAGAUUCUGAAAUAUUUAUUUCAAAUUGAUGUUUAUGAUUUCCUGAAUUCUGCGUUUUCACCAAUUGUAGUUCUUACAGAAAGGGUAAGUUGACAUUUUAUGUUUUCAAUAAUUUUACCUAUUUUACUAAGUAUAGGAACAGCUGAAAAUUAUGUUUGA